CUACCUCUCGCAUUUCUUAUUUCCAAGUCUUUUUUUUUUUUUUUUUGUUCAAUUAUUUCCAAGUCUUCUCCUCUCUUCUUCUUCUUCUUACCUUCUCUCUCUCUCUCUCUCGCUCUCUCUCAUUAUCUUCUCCCUCCCGCCAGCCACUCACCUCUCUUAGCUCUAAAGGAAAUCAGAUUCAUCAUUGAGGAAGAUCCCUUAGGCUAGGUGAGUCAUCCUUUUAUAAUUGUGGAUUUGAAAGCUUAAGGCAAGAGGGGAAGAAUGGGAGGAGGGUGGGCUGAUGCCCUCCACGUUUCAGACUCUGUUACGAUUGGUGUGGACAAAGAAGUAGACGUUUACUCCCUCGAUUUUGCUAAUCUCUCUCUGGGUCAAAAUAUUCAAGCGUAGAAAAUUGAAAAUCAGCUGGCAACUUAGCGUAGCAAAUAAGGUGGUCAAAAUAGCAUUAUAAUAAUUGUAACAUUGAGAAGGGCUGGCUUCGAAGUCCAAAGUUCCAGUCACCUUUCCAUUUCUGGAAAGGAACACAAAUGAAAGUCCUUGCUUUAAUCCUCUCUACCUCUCUACUCUAUUUUUUAGUCUUACAAUUGUCCGGAGCAGCUGAUACAAUCUCUGCAGCACAAUCCAUCACCAGCACUAAUACCUUGGUUUCUUCCGGCCAAAGCUUCGAAUUAGGACUCUUCUCCGAGGGCAAUUCAGAGGCCUGGUAUUUAGGAAUAUGGUACAAGAAUUUUCCAAAUAUUGUUGUAUGGGUUGCCAACAGAGAAAAACCAGUUGCAGAUUCACAUGGAUCCUUGAAAUUAUCCAAAAAUGGAAGUCUCGUCCUUUUAGACCAAAUGAACAAUACUAUUUGGUCUUCCAAUUCUUCCCAAGUAGCAGAAGACCCUGUUGCACAACUUUUGGAGAACGGAAACCUGGUUGUCAGAGAAAAGGAUACAAUAGAUUCAGAAGGCUACAUAUGGGAAAGUUUCAAUUUACCAUCAGACACUCUGCUACCAGAAAUGAAGGUUGGAUGGGACUUCAGAACAGGCCUGAACAGAUACUUGACUUCUUGGAAAAAUGCUAGUGACCCAUCUCUUGGAGAAUAUACCUAUGGGAUUGAUAAUCCGAUUUUGCCUCAGCUUGUUGUUGCCAAAGGAUCAAAGAAAUUGUACCGUACCGGGCCUUGGAAUGGUGUUCAAUUUUCUGGUACUCCUGAUUCUGGGAACAUACGAGUUGUGAAACCAAUCUAUGUGUAUGAUACCAAUGAGUUCUAUUAUACGUAUGAGGCUACUGAGAGUUCUAUUCUAACAAGAGUGAAGCUGUCUGAAACUGGUUUGGCCCAGCGGCUAGUGCUGAAUAAAGGAAGCACCGAAUGGGCUGUUAUGUAUACUUUGCUGAAUGACAGGUGUGACAAUUACAGGGAGUGUGGAGCAAAUGGAAUUUGCAAAACUUCCAAGUCUCCAGGUUGUGAGUGCCUGCAGGGGUUUGUUCCAAAAUCGCACAAUGAAUGGGAUGUGCUUAACUGGGAAAGUGGGUGCAUUAGGCAGACACCACUGGAUUGCCAGAAGGGAGCAGGGUUUUUGAAAGUUCGAAACGUGAAAUUGCCAGACCUGUUGGAGUUUUGGGUGAACACGAAAAUGAGUGUGCAGGAAUGUGAGGCAGAGUGCUUGAGGAAUUGUUCUUGUGUAGCUUAUGCUAAUACAGAUAUCCGUAAUGGAGGAAGUGGCUGUCUGAUGUGGUUUGGCGACCUAAUUGAUAUGCGAGAGUUCCUUGAAGAACAUGGUGAGCUAGAUAUACACAUUAGGAUGCCAUUUUCGGAACUAGGUGGUACCGGCAAGAAGGACAAAAGGGUUAUACUUAUCUCGGUCAUAUCAGCAGUUUCUGUGCUUUCUCUUCUGGCUUUGUUAUGCUGGUAUAUACUUCUGAAGAAGAGAGGAAGGAAUGUAUCCACAUCCACAGGCUCAAGAUCAAUUAAGGAGGACUGGGAGUUGCCACUGUUUGAUUUUAAGACAAUUGCAACCGCCACCAAUAAUUUCUCUCACACAAACAAACUAGGAGAGGGAGGUUUCGGUCCAGUUUACAAGGCCAACCUAACCCGAGAAGACUUCAUAGCUGUAAAGAGACUCUCAAAAGAUUCUGGGCAAGGUAUUGAAGAGUUUAAGAAUGAAGUUACAAUGAUAGCCAACCUCCAACACUGGAAUCUUGUUAAACUUUUGGGCUGCUGCAUUGAAAGAGAAGAAAGGAUGCUUAUCUAUGAGUACAUGCCCAACAAAAGCUUGGACUGCUUUAUUUUUGAUCAAAAUAGAAAGGUUUUGCUGAAUUGGCAAAAGCGAUUGAACAUUAUCAUGGGAAUUGCUCGAGGACUUCUCUACCUCCACCAAGACUCCAGAUUAAGAAUCAUUCAUAGAGACCUUAAGAGUAGCAACAUCUUACUUGAUGAUGAGCUGAACCCCAAAAUAUCUGACUUUGGCAUAGCAAGGAUUUUUGGACGCAAUCAAACCGAAGCAAAAACAAAACGAGUAAUUGGGACAUAUGGAUAUAUGUCUCCUGAGUAUGCAAUUGAUGGGAAGUUUUCAGAGAAAUCCGAUGUGUUCAGUUUUGGAGUGCUUUUGUUAGAGAUAGUAAGUGGCAGAAAGAACAGAGGGUUUCAUCAUCCAGAUCACCAUCACAGUCUUCUGGGACAUGCAUGGUUACUGUGGAAUGAAAAUAAGGGUUUGGAGCUAAUAGAUCCUUGCUUGGGGUACUCAUAUGUUGAGUUUGAGGUGCUGAGGUGCAUUCAGGUAGGUCUAUUGUGUGUUCAAGCGCUUCCAAAAGACAGACCAGUAAUGUCAUCAGCGAUUGUCAUGUUAAGCAAUGAAGGAGUAAUAUUACCUCAACCGAAGGAGCCAGGAUUCUUCACAGGAAGAAGUUCCCUGGACGAUACCAUAAUCAACGAAGGUAGCAGUAACCCGACAGGAAGCAGUAUUACCAUUUCAACAUUGGAAGCUAGAUAUGAAUUUGCUUGCAAACAGACAGAAGGGCAUAACCUCAAUGGGAGGUUUAUUCAGAAAAGUAAAAGAGAAAAGGCUACAACAGAUUCAGAAAGCUACAUAUGGGAAAGUUUCAAUUUACCAUCAGACACUCUGCUACCAGAAAUGAAGUUGGGGUGGAACUUCAGGACAGGCCUUAACAGAUUCUUGACUUCUUGGAAAAAUGCUAGCGACCCUUCUCCUGGAGAAUAUACUUAUGGGAUGGAUAAUGUUCUGUUGCCUCAGCUUGUUAUUGCCAAAGGAUCAAAGAAAAUGUUCCGAACCGGACCUUGGAACGGUCUUUGGUUUACUGGUACUCCUGGUUUAGCAGCUACAUACAGAUCUGUCGUGAAACCAAUUUUUGUGUAUAAUACGAAUGAGUUGUACUAUUCAUAUGAGUCUUUUAAUAGUUCUACCAUCACAAGAUUGAAGCUGAGUGAAUCGGGUUUGAUCCAGAGGCUAGUGGUCACCGAAGGAAGCACUGAAUGGGCUGUUAUGUAUACUUUGCAGAAUGAUGAGUGUAAUAGUUAUGGACUGUGUGGAGCAAAUGGCAUUUGCAGAAUUAGUAAAUCACCCAUUUGUGAGUGCUUGCACGGGUUUGUUCCGAAAUCACCAGACGAAUGGGGAGUGCUGAUUGGACAAAACCAGAGAGAAGAGUUGGUGAAAAAUAGGAAGAAAGACAGCAGGGCCUUGAUGUACAUUUUUGGUGCAAUUGAUCCAGCAGUCUAUGAGAAGAUUGCACAUGUCUCUACAUCUAAGGAGGCAUGGGAUGUGUUGAUCAACAGCUAUAUUGGAAGAGAGAAGGUGAAGAAGGUACGGUUGCAGACCAUGAGAAGACAGUUUGAGCUACUGCAGAUGGAGAAAAAAGAAACCAUCUCUGAUUAUUUCACACGCACCUUGUCCUUGGCUAACCAAAUGAAAGCCAAUGGUGAGGAUAUGAAAGAGCUACUGAUUGUGGAGAAAAUACUUCGAACCUUGACAGACAGGUUUGAAGGCAAAGUUACAGCUAUUGAGGAGACACGUGACCUUAGUACUUUGACAGUUGAUGAGUUGCAAGGUUCACUGCAAGCUUAUGAGCAAAGAUUAAAUGAGAAGUCAGAGAUUGGGAAUGAAGAAGCGUUGAAGGCCCAAGUGAACGUGAAAAAGGAAAAGAAUGACUCUAAGAAUGAGGAGUCCUGCAAUGAAGCAAGAUCAAAUGGCAAGAAUCAUAACUCAAAUUAUAGAAGGGGACAGAAUAGAUUUGAAAACAGAAGAGGAAGAGGCAGAGGAAGAGGAAGAAGCAACAAUUGGAGCCAAGCCCGUGAUAGCAACAGUUGGAGCCAAGCUCGUGAUAAAUCUAAUGUUCAGUGUUUUAACUGCCAGAAAUAUGGCCACUACAAAAGUGAAUGCAAUUCUCAGAGGUUUGAAAAUAAGGGGCAUCAUGCUAAGGUUGCAGAAGAUGGAAAGAAAAAUGAAGAAACUUUGUUGCUGAGACAGAAUAGAUUUGAAAACAGAAGAGGAAGAGGCAGAGGAAGAGGAAGAAGCAACAAUUGGAGCCAAGCCCGUGAUAGCAACAGUUGGAGUCAAGCUCGUGAUAAAUCUAAUGUUCAGUGUUUUAACUGCCAGAAAUAUGGCCAUUACAAAAAUGAAUGCAAUUCUCAGAGGUUUGAAAAUAAGGGGCAUCAUGCUAAGUUUGCAGAAAAUGAUAAAGGCAAUGAAGAAACUUUGUUGCUGGCUUUUAAUGCUGUAAGUGAUGAUGAGAAAAACAAGUGGUUGUUGGAUACUGGAUGCAGUAAUCAUAUGUGUGGGCACAAGGAUUUGUUCAGUGAUUUGAAUGAUUCUGUGCAGUCUGUGAUCACAUUUGGUGAUCAAACAAAGAUUCCAGCCAAAGGAAAAGGGAGAAUCAGUAUCAGGCUAAAGGAUGGCUCGUCCAAUUCCAUAUCAGAUGUUUAUUACGUGCCUGGUUUGCGGCACAAUUUGUUGAGUUUGGGACAGUUGUCAGAGAAAGGAUAUGACAUCCAAAUUGUCAAUGGAGUUUGCACCAUCCAUGCUGCCAAUCAUAGACUAAUAGCAAAGGUAAAAAUGACACCAAACCGGCUGUUUCCAUUGUAUCUCAGUUACUGUGAAUUACCUUGUUUCAGCUCAAUGAUGGUUGAUGAUAACUGGCUAUGGCACAUGCGAUAUGGACAUUUAAAUUUUAACAGUUUAAAUCUCCUUGCUCAGAAAAAUUUGGUAUUUGGCUUGCCUCAUAUCUCUGUGCCUAAUGAUUUAUGUGAGACUUGUGUUCUUGGUAAAAAGCAUAGAGACAGUUUUCCUAAAGGAAAAGCCUUUAGAGCUCAAAGGCCUCUUGAAGUGAUACACUCUGAUCUGUGUAGUGUUGAGACAACCUCACACGGUGGUGGAAAAUAUUUCAUUACAUUUAUUGAUGAUUUCAGCAGGAAGACUUGGGUGUAUAUCUUAAAGAACAAAUCUGAUGCUUGUGACACUUUCAAGAAGUUCAAGGCCUAUGUUGAGAAACAAAGUGAUGAAAUGAUAAAAAUAUUGAGAACUGACAGAGGCCAAGAAUACAUAGUCUGUGAUGAGUUUUUAGAGAAGAAUGGGAUUAAACAUCAAUUGACAGCCAGGUAUACACCUCAGGAAAAUGGUGUGGCUGAGAGAAAAAACAGAACAAUUAUGGAUAUGGUGAGAUGUAUGCUGAAAUUGAAGAAUCUGCCUAAGUGUUUUUGGGCAGAAGCUGUAGCUUGUGCUGUGUAUAUUUUGAAUAGGGCUCCUAGCAGAAGUGUGAAUGGAAGAAUUCCUUAUGAAGUUUGGAGUGGCAGGAAGCCAAAUAUUCAGCAUCUUCGUGUGUUUGGAUGUAUUGCUUAUUCCCAUGUCCCAGAUCAUAUUAGAAAGAAACUUGAUGAGAAGGCAGAAAAAUGCAUUUUUAUUGGCUACAGCACAGUCACAAAAGGCUACAAGCUUUAUAAUCCAAAGACAGAGAAGGUUAUAAUCAGCAGGGAUGUCACUUUUUAUGAGCAAGGAACUUGGGAUUGGUCCUUGAAUGAAAGCAGACCUGCAACAUAUUUUCCAGCAGCUGAUAAUUAUCAUUUUGGAGAUGAUCAACAAAUUGUGAUCCUCUAUCAUUUGAGGAGGCAUGUGAACAUGAACACUGGAUCAAAGCAAUGGGUGAAGAGAUUUAUGCAAUUGAAAAGAAUGACACUUGGGAGCUUACUUCUCUUCCUGAAGGAAACUGUUUCUAGGCUUGAUACUAUUAGAAUUGUUAUUUCUCUUGCUGCCCAUAAUGCUUGGAUGAUAUUCCAAAUGGAUGUAAAAUCUGCAUUUUUGAAUGGAACCUUGGAAGAAGAGGUUUAUCUUGAGCAACCAGCAGGUUAUGUAAAACAAGGGCAAGCUGACAUGGUGUGUAAGCUGAAAAAGGCUUUGUAUGGCCUUAAACAAGCUCCAAGGGCAUGGUACACCAGAAUUGAUUCUUACUUCAUGGAACAUAAAUUUCAAAGGUGUCCAUAUGAACAUACUUUGUAUGUCAAAAAUAAUCAGCAAGGGGAUAUUGUUAUUGUCUGUCUGUAUGUGGAUGACUUGAUAAUUACAGGAAAUAAUAUGAGAUUGGUUGCAGAAUUCAGGGAGGCUUUAGCAUCUCAAUUUGAGAUGACAGAUAUGGGGCUGAUGUGUUAUUUUCUUGGUAUUGAGGUGAAACAAACUGAGCAAGGGACUUUUAUUUCUCAAAGAAAGUAUGCUGGUGACAUCCUCAAACGUUUUAGAAUGGAGUCAUGCAAGCCAAUUUCAACUCCAGUUCAAGAAAGAUUGAAGCUACAGAGAGAUGGAGCUGGAAAUUUGGUUAAUCCAACAUUUUUCAAACAGUUGCUUGAAGGAUACACGGACAGUGACUGGGCUGGUGAUGUUGAUAGUGCAAAAAGUACUUCAGGCUAUGCAUUUCAUAUUGGUUCUGGAGUAAUUUCUUGGUCAUCAAAGAAGCAGCAAGUUGUAGCCCUUUCAUCUACUGAAGCAGAGUAUAUUGCAGCCACAAAUUCUGCUACACAGGCAGUAUGGUUGCGCCAAUUACUUGGUGAUCUUCAUCAUGAACAGAAGAGCCCCACAACAAUUUAUUGUGACAAUAAUUCAGCAAUUGCAUUGGCAAGGAAUCCUGUUUUUCAUGGGAGGACUAAACAUAUACCUGUGAAGUUCCACUACAUUCGUGAUUUGGUAAAUGACAAGGUGGUUGAAGUCCAAUAUUGUCCAACUGGAGAACAGAUUGCAGAUAUAUUUACAAAGGGUCUCAGGAUGGAUGCGUUCAUGAAGCUGAAGAAGAUGAUGGGAAUGCAGAGUUAUGAUGAGCUUGGUUUAAGGGAGGCUGUUGAAAUUAGCUGCCGUGAGUUUUUUUUAGUUUAUUCUACAGUGAAGCUGCCAGACCAGUUGAAUUUUGGGGUCAACAAUAGCACUAGUAACAACUGAUGUGAAGCAGAGUGCUUAAAGAAUUGUUCUUGUGUAGCUUAUGCUAAUACAGUUAUCAUUAAUGGAGGCAGCAGCUGUUUGAUGUGGUUUGGCGACCUAGUUGAUCUGCGAGAAUUCGUUGAAGAAGAUAGUCAGCAAGAUAUAUACAUUCGGCUGCCACUUCCAGAACUAGGGAAGACCAGUAGGAAGGAUAAAAGAGUAGUAAUCAUCUCGGUCAUAUCUGCAGUUUCUUCGUUUCUUUUUCUGGGUUUGUCUUUCUGCUAUAUAAUUCUGAAGAAGAGACGAAAGAGAAGAGCUUCAAGAGGCACUAAGGAGGACUUGGAGUUGCCACUGUUUGACUUCGAUACAAUUGCAGCCGCCACCAAUAACUUCUCCCACACAAAUAAACUUGGAGAGGGAGAUUUUGGUCCAGUUUACAAGGCCAAGCUAUCCCGAGAAGAAUUCAGAGCAGUAAAGAGACUCUCAAAAGAUUCUGGUCAAGGUAUUAAAGAGUUUAAGAAUGAAGUUGCAAUGAUAGCAAAUCUUCAACACUGGAAUCUUGUUAAACUUUUGUGCUGCUGCAUCCAAGAAGAAGAAAGGAUGCUGAUCUAUGAGUACAUGCCCAACAAAAGAUUGGACUGCUUUAUUUUCGAUCAAAAUGGAAAGGUGUUGCUGAAUUGGCCAAAGCGAUUGGACAUUAUCAUGGGAAUUGCUCAAGGACUUCUCUACCUCCACCAAGACUCCAGAUUAAGAAUCAUUCACAGAGACCUUAAGAGAAGCAACAUCUUACUUGAUGAUGAGCUGAACCCCAAAAUAUCUGACUUUGGCAUAGCAAGGAUUUUCGGGGGCAAUCAAGCUGAAGCAAAAACAAAACGAGUAAUCGGGACAUAUGGAUAUAUGUCUCCUGAAUAUGCAAUUGAUGGGAAAUUUUCCGUAAACUCCGAUGUUUUUAGUUUCGGGGUGCUUUUGUUAGAGCUAGUAAGCGGCAGAAAGAACAGGGGAUUUCAUCAUCCAGAUCACCAUCAUAGUCUUCUGGGACAUGCAUGGCUAUUGUGGAACAAAAACAAGGAGUUGGAACUAAUGGAUGAAUGCUUAGAGGACUCAUAUGUUGAGUUUGAGGUACAAAGAUGCAUUCAAGUGGGUCUAUUAUGUGUUCAAAAGAUGCCAGCAGACAUACCAGCAAUGUCAUCGGUGGUGUUCAUGUUGGGCAACGAGGGAGCAACAUUGCCUCAACCAAAGGAGCCUGGUUUCUUCAUAGAAAGAAGCAUCGCCGACAUUGAUACCUUACUUGGUGAAGUUAGAAGCCACACUAGAACCACAAUCACCAUUACCGCUAUGGAAGCCAGAUAAAUUGAUGUAUUUGCAAAGUAACAGGCAAAGAAAGAGGUUGGCCUCAAUACA